CACAGCAUUCUUAAUUUCCAAGAUAUCAUUAAAAACACACACAUUUUGGAAUUUUUGUCUGACCUAUCAUGAUUAGCCUGUUCCUGGACCGAGACAGAAUCCUUGGUGACAUUCCGGUUGUUUUUCUUCAAGUUUCUGGCAAGAUUCCUGCCAGAAGUCCAUUUCAUACUACAUUCAAGCUCUAUUCACCUAGCUAGCCAUUUUACAAGUCACAUUUGCUUCGGGGGUUUAAAAUCUAAUACAACAAAUAGCUUUGUCUUAGAGCAGGAAUUUUCACAUUCUGAGUUAUGGAGAUCCUCGUCUCAAGCCGCUGUAACCUUCAAUCCUUGUCUGAGAAGUAUAUUUUCCCAGAAGAAAUCCGACCAGGGAAGGUAGCUGUUGCCUUAUGCGAGUCCAUUCCAGUAAUAGAUCUCGGUGAUAUAGCAGGUCAAAACCGAGCCAAUAUUGCUCAGGAAAUUUUGAAGGCAAGCCAGGAGUUCGGUUUUUUCCAGGUGAUUAACCAUGGAGUUUCUAAGGAAUUGAUGAAUGAUACAAUGAGUGUCUUCAAGGAAGUCUUUGAGAUGCCUGCAGAGGAUCUGGCAGACAUCUACUCUGAAGACCCAGAUAGAAGCUGCAGACUUUUCACAAGUAGUAACUCUUAUGCAAGUGAAGAUGUUCACAACUGGCGUGACUUUUUGAGACACCCUUGCCAUCCUGAUCUAGAUGCAUGCAUUCAACAAUGGCCCGAGAAGCCAACCAGAUAUCGACAGGUUGUUGGGAAUUACUCGACUGAAGCGAUGAAAUUAGCCUCAGGGAUAUUGGAGCUGAUCAGUGAAGGUUUAGGAUUAGAGUCUGGGUAUUUUGGAGGUAAACUAAGUGAAAAUGCAUUUUUGUCAAUCAAUCGUUACCCUCCAUGCCCAGAUCCAAGUUUAACCCUGGGAUUGCCGAAACAUUGUGAUCCUAAUCUCAUAACCAUUUUACUCCAAGGUGAUGUGUGUGGGCUUCAAGUCUUCAAGGAUGGUGAAUGGAUUGGUGUCGGGCCUGUUCCCAACGCAUUUGUGAUUAACAUUGGGUACCAGCUACAGAUUAUCAGUAACAACAAGCUAAAAGGUGCCGAACAUCGAGCAGUGACAAAUUCAAAGGAUGCUAGGACAAGUGCUGCCUUCUUUGUCAGUCCUCGUCGUGAGAGCAUUGUCGAACCUGCCAGGGAACUUAUUAAAGAGGACAAUCGCCCACUCUAUAGAGCCUUUGAGUUCACAGAGUUUUUUUCCAACUACAUGAAUGAGAAAGGCAACGUUGAAGUUGUAUUGGAGCCUUUCAAGUUGCGAGCAUAACCUGUGAUUGAUGCAACAAGGAAAUCGUACAGAUUGGUAUGUCAAAUACUGUGAAUCUCAGUAAACCAAUCUCAAGUUUAUAUGAAGUUUGUGUGUACCUAAAGGUUGUGAGAAAGCAGCAUGCGAUAAUUUCCUGUAUGAAAUGGUUUGAACUGUGAUUCAACAUCUGAAAUAAUGUUAAGCUACUGUCUAAUAUCUUUGGAUUUA